UGUAAAAUGGCCCUUACUGAGAUCGAUCCAAGGGUUUUUAAGUCAGUUUUUGUCGUUGUCUUGUAUUUCGAUCCAUCGUGUGAUUACGAACAUGGCGGCUCCUAUGGAUAUUACUUUCUUGGGCACGGGCAGUGCUCAGCCUAGUUCUACGCGUAAUCAUCAAGCUAUGGCUUUACGAGUUAACGGCGACAUUUGGUUAUUUGAUUGCGGAGAAGCUACCCAACAUCAGCUGCAAAAAAGUCAUUUGAAAAUGGGCCGCAUCACCAAGAUCUUUAUUACUCAUAUGCACGGCGAUCAUUGCUUUGGCCUUGCUCCGCUCAUGUGCUCAAUGACUGAUAACCUGAAUCCCGGCAAAUCCACGACCGAGCAACCGCCCAUUGAUGUCUAUGGACCGUCGCCACUACGGAAAUGGCUGCGAAGCACGCUCCAAUCCACUUACUCGCGCUUGGGUCGUUCGUACAGAGUUCACGAGCUGUUACUUGACAAUGAUGUAUGCGACGUAUCUACCGAUUACCACGAAAACGAACUGCCAGGCGAGAAUUUACAACUGAUUGAACAUCAAUAUUAUCGCUUUGGAUGCAAGCAAGGCAACGUUGAAUACACGGUCUCGGCAGCCCCCAUACGUCAUUCUAUCCCAUCGCUGGGCUACAUUAUCCAAGAACCCGAUUGCCCGGGCAAAUUGGACGUGACUCAGCUGAUGCCCAUCUUGAAACGCAAUACAGAGGCACUUCAACAGCAAGGAUAUAAGAAUCCCAUGGCGAUUUUGGGGAAACUUCAGCGCGAUAACAAAAGUAUUGAAUUACCAGACGGCACCAUGCUUGUACCACCGCCUUCGCGUCCAGGAAGACAGAUCGUUAUUCUCGGAGACACAUUCGAUGCUUCGUCUAUUGUGCCUUUAUGUCACGAGCCGCAUCUAUUAGUGCAUGAAGCGACCAAUGCGCUCACCAGUUUGGACCAAAUGAACAUUAAAUCGGGAGAGAAAGCACCCACUUAUGAGGAAGUGAAACAUAGAGCGAUAGAGCACGGCCAUUCUACGCCACAAAUGGCAGCAGCGCUGGCGAAGCAGAUCAAUGCCAGGAAGUUAAUACUGACGCAUUUUAGCGCAAGAUAUAAAGGGGAUGAAAGCGAAGAAGGGGUAAAGGUGAUGGAAGAAAUCCGACGAGCCGCUCUAAAUGAAUUUGAUAACAGAGACAACGAUGUUUACUGCGCAAGAGAUUUGUGGUCGUUUGAAAUAAAAUAUAAGCCAGAGGAGCAUUCAUGAUCAAAAGGCAGUACUCGUUUGCAUUUUGCCAAUUGAUUGUCCGACGUGUUCAGAAAAGUCACACCCACACACAUUUGAACUCCACGCUUGAGAGACUCA